AUGUCACUACUUAGGGAUACUAAAGGAAGGAGACCCCCGUCCAAUGCCGACGCUGUUAGAUUAUAUGAAAACAUGGCUAAAUUGCCAUCCUUUAGGAAUAAAUAUGACUGGAAUUCCAAUAUAUGGUCGGAAGAUCAGAUUAAAUUAUUGCAUCUGAAGGUUAAACAAGUUCUACAGCGUCUGGCUUUAGAUUCAGUCGUUGCCACAUAUAAAAACAUCGAUUUUGAUGUAAAAAAUAACAUAGCAAAUACCAUUAAGUCAAUAAACACUAACCACCUUUAUCACUAUUUGGUUGAAGACCCCUAUCACUUCUUAGAGGCCGUGCCACCAGCACCGCCAUUUGCCUUUGUUAAGAUAACCAGUGGCAUAUUUUGGAACUUAGUCAUUGAUCACAUUGACCAGCAGAAGAAUUUCAGCAAGAUUCCAUUGGAUUGCCAUAUCAAGUACCUAAACAGCAACGCAGAUGGAACACUUCGUGUAAAAUUGACACCUAAACAAAUGGAUAAACUUAAUAAUAUAAUGAAAAAUGAUGACAAAAUCAAUUGGAUAGAUGCUGCUAAAAAAAUUGGCUGUACUCCUUACCAAUGCUAUCUGUAUUUUGUAAAAAAUGUCACAUCUGGGGAUUCUAGUAAUUGGACUGACGAAUUGGAUAAAAAACUAAUAAAUGCCGUAUCUAGAAGUAUUGGAAAACGUGUAUGGCAUGAAGUCGCACAGGAAGUAGGGAAUAAUAAAACUAAUGAACAAUGUAGGUUGAGGUGGUCAAGAGUGCUAUCUAAACGGAGCGUUGAAGGUAUCAGUCCUGUGAAUAUAAAUAAGAAAUUGCAAGAGGAUAUAAAAUUUUUGGUUGAUAUUUAUGGUAAAACAAAUUGGACUCUUAUAGCCAGGCAUGUCAAUUUGACAGACAAACAGUGUAGAUCUAAAUAUUUUGCCUGCGUGUCAGACAAUCUAUCAAACUCUGAUAAAAUGAAGCAGCUUAUCCAAACAAUAAUUGACUCUGAUUGGCAAUUGGAUAAAGUUAAACGAACAUUAGGAAUAGAUAUUACCGUAUGUAAGCGUAAGUGGGCUAGAUUAGACCCACUAGGUUAUUAUAUAUACAAAACCUGCUCUCACAACAUAUCAAAUAGAGUUGGAGAUACUCAAAUAACUAAUAAAUUGAUGGAUCAUGUAAAAUCGAUGCUACACAAAGAAGCCCUUUUAGAACGAGUUAACAUGCUUAAACGUAAGAAACUUCCUAUCAAAAAAAUUUACAAGUCCAUCGACUGUAAGAAUAUGGUUAGGGGGUUCAAGAUACUGCAUUGUGUGUUGGGUGAUUCAGUUUUGAAACUUGAAGCGAUUGUCACGAAAAAUUUUAACUGGACCACUGAUGAUAAUGUAUAUAUAUCAAAUGAAACAAUAAAAAAUUUACCAGAAGAUUGGUUGGAUGUCGUUAGUGAAAUGCUAGAACGACUAUGGCCAAUACCGUCAGUAGGUGUUAUGUCCAUAGUCAAUAAAUUGUAG